ACGACGUGAUCACUACACUGUUGCGACAACGACCAGAGAUCAACAACCUCUUUGGAUGGCUAGAACAAUUUGCCCAUACCGAACGUACUAAAAAACUGACCGUUGCAGGGUCAGAGGGUAUUAUUGAUAAAACUAAGGCACUUAGAAACAUCUUCCAGGACCUCUGCCUGGAGAUUAAAAUUGCUAGACUACAAGCCGAAAACGGCGAAUUAAGAGCCGAGAUUCAGGCCAGAGAACGGGCCGACGAGUUGGCUGAGAGGCAGACAGUCACCGUCAAACCCAGACCUGCUCUUACAACUCAAGCUAAGGUCACGUCAAUGUCCUACGCCGAAAAAGCAAGGUCUGACCCGAAACCAGGUCAACCCAUUAAGGUUCCGAAGAGUAUGCCGAAGGAAAAUAAUAUUAAAAGGACCCUCACUAAGUGUCGGGAGGCUAAGACAAACUCGAGGCUCUCCUUUGAAGUUCCCGAUAAUGUCUCCAUGGCAGCGGCAAAAGCCGAAUUAUGGCAAAUAGUUAAGGGUAAAAUGAGAAACCCCAGAGCCAGAACUGUGAUCAAUGGCAAGAACAUCAUAAUAAUACCCGACGAUGUAAACACGUUGGAGGUGGUAAGCAAUCUACCCAAUGUAAAAAUCACAGGGUCCAAACAGCCGAGAAUAAUCAUUUACGAUGUCAAUUCUCAGUUGAACGAAGAUGAGAUAGUCACCGGGCUAUCCGAUCAAAACCCAGAGUUAGGACUUACAAAGUUGGAAACAGACAAGAUAACUGUAAAAAACAAACUCGGUCCAAGGGACAGUACGACCACUCACUGGGUACUAGAAGUCCCUGCGAGUGUGAUUCCCAGGCUGGAAGGCAAGCUGGUUUUCUUAGGGCUAACCAGAUGCAAAAUCAAAGUACAUCAGAGCGUACCACAGUGCUUCCACUGUCAAGGGUAUAGGCACACCGCCAUUAAAUGUACGCAAGAGUUACCUAGGUGUAGACACUGUGCAGGAAUGCACGACAGUAGGCAAUGUAAAGAGCCCCAAAAGGCGGUCUGCACAAAUUGUAAAGGCGACCACAAGGCGUCCAGCGCAACAUGCGCGCACAGAAUAAGAGCUAUUAAAAGUCUCCUAAGGCGGACGGACUUCAGCUCCAUAUGA